CCUUCUUGACUGGAGCCUCCCCUCAAGGUUCUCGGAGCUGCUGGGACCACGAUCCCUUAGCGGCCAGGCUGGGGAUAUCAACACUCCAUCGCAGAUUCCACUUUCCGUGAAUGGCUGCUUGGAGCCCCAUCUCCGCGAAAGCCACCUCCGCGUGCUCCUCCUCAUUCGCUACCCUGUCGUGCUCCUCUAAGCGCCUUCUAAGAGUAGUUCCCGCCGCGCUUUGCGGGAUCUCCGGCGGAUCUGGGCCUGCUGUAGCUGGGGGUAGCCUUGGCUGCGAUCUGCGUGGCGUUCAGGUCCCAUUGGCUCGCGAUUCGCAUUUCAGGAGCCGUUAUCAUUCAACCCGGCUCGUCGCCAGAGCUACUGCCACCAUGAGCCCGCUGUCAGGCACACCAGCGGCGAAGACCAUAGUGAUUCCAGCCAAGGCGGGAAAGCAUGCAGCCACUGUCGUGUGGCUGCAUGGGCUGGGAGAUACCGGCUAUGGCUGGUCCGAUCUAUGCGAGACAGUCAACCUCCCACAUAUCAAGUGGAUUCUCCCCAGCGCUCCUAUCGCCUCUGUCACAAUCAACGGUGGCAUGCCAUGCCCCUCCUGGUUUGAUCUCUUCGGUUUGGACGCCGGUGCUCCUGAUGACGUGAAGGGCAUUGACGCGGCUGCAAGAUACGUGGCUGGGAUCCUGGAGGAGGAGAAGAAGGCGAAUCCGGACGUCAAGUUUGCAGUGGGCGGGUUCAGCCAAGGGGGCGCUCUCUCCCUCUACCUCAUGUCACGGAAGGUGCUGGGAAGGUUCGAGGAUGGUUCCAACGCCUCUUCUGUGCCCCUCUCCGCGUCUGUUGCCUUCAGCGGCUGGCUGCCCAAGUGCAGUCUGAAGCCAGGGGGCAGUGCAGCAGCAGAUGCAUCAGUGGCAGAGAGAGCAGCGGCCCAUCCUGUGCUCAUGGCGCAUGGGGAAGCUGACGGCCUGGUGCCAUUCGCCUUUGGCAAGGGCUCUGCUAAGGUGCUUCAGGAGGCUGGGUUCUCGAAUCUGACCUUCAAGUCGUAUCGAGGCAUGGCCCACUCUGCCUGUCCCGAGGAGCUGGCGGAUCUCAAAGCAUGGCUGCAGAAGCACGUGCCACCACCAUCUUGAGUCCCAACCUGCUGCUGUCUAAUAUUAUCGUAACGUUAUUAACCAUACAUAUGAAUGUUGUGUAUUAUUCUCUUUGCCUAGCAUAACCUUUCACUUGAAUCCCAGCUCCCAAGUCAUUGUGCUAACCCAGUAUGCCCAGCCAAAUUGAAUUUGAAAAAGAGGAG